GAAUUGUCAAUGAGCCGACCAUGACGGAAUGGUAUCAAACGAAGAUUUCGCGUUUGUGCGAAUUGAACAAUGUCGAGGAAAAGAAGGACGUUCUGACGGACAUCAAGAUUAAAUUCGGCAGUUUGAGUAAUCGGGACGCCGAGCAGAUAGCCCGGAGCUUGGACUACGGACCGCUCUAUUCGCAACUAACCUCGAGUGACAGAGAGGUCAUAGAACAGAUAUGCGACGUUCUAACCAUUUUGUUCAGCGUACUGGAACCCGGAGAGAUUUAUCAGAGAUAUUCAGUGGAAUUCUCCACAUUGUUGACCAAUCCAAGUGCCAGCGUGAGAUUACUCAUGCUGCGUGAGUUUCAACGUACAGCUGUGCAUCCGCAAAGGAUAUUCCAAUUACUGGAGGACACCAAUGUAUUGAUUUGUAUUGUAAACAGAAUCGGCGACAACGACUUGACGGUCGCUGAAUGUGCGAUGAAUAUAGUGAAGAAAAUUGGUGCAGAUCCAAAUGGUUUGCAUAUUCUCUACAAGGGCGAACUUUUGCGAACGUUCGCCAAAUUGCUGCAAAAAGAUACCAUCAACUUUCGUGUUUACGAAGUGAUUGUGGAUAUAGCCAAGACAUCCAGGGCAGCUUUGGAAAUAUCUGCUCAAUUGGGUCUUUUAGACAGAUUGAUCGAUGUACUGGACGACGAGGAUGUGUUGCUUCAAUUGAACGCCUUAGAGAUACUAACGCAAUUAGCCAUAUUCGAGGAAGGUCUCAGUUACCUGGAGCAGCGAGAGGUCUUGAGCAAGCUGGUUCAGAAGAUUGCGCAGGCUAAUGAGAGUUCCUUGUCGAAUCUUCUGAUCCCCGGUCUGAUGAAGUUCUUUGGUAACGUCGCGCGACAUUGGCCGAAUGAGUUGUUCUCCAUGUAUCCAGUGAUAAUCUCUGCAUUGUUCGAAGUGAUCGACGGCGGAGAUCAGACCCUGCUGGGUCCUGCAUUGGAUACAUUGGGAUUCGUGUCCGUGAGCGUCGAAGGUAAGUAUGCGUUGCAAGCACUAGGAGACGCAAUGGUCGGCGCUCUCAAGACGAUCGGCGAGGUAGUGCAGAAAAUGCCCACAGCCUUGAGGAUUCGCGGCCUCAACAAUCUCACCCUCAUACUCGACGUUAAGAGAGCCGAGCAGGAUAACAGAAUUCUCUCCUUGACGAAACUGUGGUUCGAUUCCCUGUGUGACGAUUCGUUGGGUAUGAUCGUAGCGAUAUGCAGACAGCCGUUUGCCGAUAUCAGACAAGCCGGCUUGGAGGUGCUGGCGGUAAUCAGCUCUCAAGUAUGGGGGCAAGAGUACAUAUCGACUUAUCCGGGUCUGGUAGAGUUUCUAUUGGAUAGAAGCGUCGAGACGUUUAAAGAAUGCAUAGACGCGAAGUACGACGUCGUGAAACGUUUGUCUCAGGCGGAGCAACAUGUAUUCGACGCGGACACUAUGCAGAAGUUCAAGCAGUUUGUUAACGAAGGUCCAUACUUUGUCGAUAUUAAUAGGGAAAUCGCGAUUGAAGGUGCUUUGUAAGAGGGGAAGGAGCAAUUUCUCGCAUUAUUACUCGAUGUUGCUAUAAUAUUGAAGAUUAUAUAACGUGUAACAUAAUAAUGUAACUACAGUCGCUGCAAGAGGCGGAUUAGUAUUAUUUAUUCCUUAUCUCAUUAAGAGAUAUACGUUGAUCAUCGUGGAAAAAGUUUUCACGCUUUCCUCACGAUUCUUCCGCAUUUAUUGAUAAGCGCAUACUGAAGCUCUUGAAGAUUUACUCUUCCCCUGGCGAAGAGACCCAUUGACACAAUUUGAAUUCUGUUAAAAUUAUGUUGGAAAUUCUAUCAAAAGAGAAAUAAUUUAUUUCACAUCUUAACCGUACACAUAGAGAAAAACUUGAUGUCCGUGUUGACACAAGUGAUUUCAGACAAAUCAAACAGAUACAUGGUAUUGAUACAGCAUAUAUAUGUAGUGUUGCAGCAUAUUUGCGAUGUUUUACCAUUGGUUCGUAAAUUUUUACAAAAAACUUAUACAUAUAUCUAUAUAUAGAUUACAUUUUACAUA